GGCUGUCGCAACGCACGGGCAACCGACUAGUAGUGCAUUUAUAUUUGAGGAUAUUUUACUUCCUUCCGCUGUAGCUCGAAGCCAGAUCUGAUGAAAAUGGUAUGAGGGGAAAAAGUUCAGAUCAAUAAUAUUUAUGACCUACUUUGUGAAUAAUUGUUAUAGUUAUAUGUACAUGGGCCUGGCCCAUUAGGUCACUUGUACUGUAGCCACACUGUAGCUAGGGUUUCUGUACUUUAGACAUUCUCACAUGAUAUCUAGCCUCAUGUGCGGCAGCCGCAGCCGCCGCCGCCCCAACACGCCCCGCUGACACUACUCCGGUGCCUCAUCGGCGCGCGAGGCCUCGCGCCUGCAGAAGAGAAGCCUGCAGCCGCCUGCAGCCGCCGCGUUUCCGGCCAUCUUUAGCCGCCGGAAGCCUGCAACCGCCAUCUUCAGUCGCGUUUCAAGUAGCCGCCACCUUCAGCCGCGUUUCCUUGUCGUCUUCAGCCGCGUUUCCUGCAGCCGCCGAAAGACUGCAGCCGCUAGCAGCGCCGUCGUUCUCGCGGUGGUGCAGGACACCUCUGUCGCCGCCGCCUCCAAUACUGCAGUUGCUGUGGACCAUGGCCGGCCGUCCCCCAUUCCCCACCUCCUCCGCCGCAACUCCCGACUCCGUUCCCCCUCUCCCUCUCUCCUACCGGGCGGCCCUCACCGUGCCCGGCUCCGCACGUGCCCCUGUCCUUGUCACCGCUGCCGCGCCACCCCCUCCUCCGGGCGCUCCGGCCGCACCCCAGCAGGCUCCGGCCGAGCUGGCCUCUCCCCCCGCGUCGGCACCACCCUCAUCCACCUCCCUGCCGACCCCUACCCCGGCGGCCGCAGCCCUCCACCCUGGCUUCCCUUCUAGCGCCAUCUCCCUACCCGACACGUCCCUCCUUCACUCUCAGCUGCUGGCAUCGGGCUUUCCCCAUGUCCCGCUCGACAUGCCUGUUGGGCCCCCCGUGCGUGACAGUCCACCACCGCUGACUGUCUACAGCCAGCCCUCGGCCAUCACAUCAUCCCUACAUACUCCUUCGGAUGACGCUGUUGCCCUCCUCGUCGCCACCUGGGCCACCGUUACGGCGGCUCGCCAGCGUGCCCAGGACGUCGCCCGUGCACUUGAGCAUGAGCAGGCGGUUGUCGACACCAUCGAGCGCCAGUACGUCGAGACCUACCACCAUCUCAUCGGCAAGGGCGUUUCGGAUGCCUCUCCCAUGUCUGCUCGACACUACGCCGACACCUUCAAGCCCGCGGCCACCCCGACCUCGACUCUUCGUGCCUCUCUUCAUGCUCAGGCGAUGGCCCUCACUAGCAUCCGGGCCACGGUCACCGCAAACCCUCACUCGAUACCCUCGGUGGCGUGACCAGGUCCUGUAGACCUUGCGCCGCUACGCCCUCGCCGACCACGUCCUCCCUCCGGUCUCUGACCCGAUGGAGGAUUGGCUUCUGGUGGAUAAGGUGGUGCUUUCUUGGAUCCAUGGCAUCCUGACCGUCGAACUCCAAGACAUCGUUCAUGUGUCAGACGACACGGCUCUCGGAUCUGGGGUGCCCUUGAGGCUCAGUUCCUCGACAACCGCCAGACUCGGAUUCUGUACCUCGAGACCGCCUUCUGGCAGCUUGCUCAAGGCGAUCUCUCUGUGGAUGAGUACUGCCAUUAGAUGAAGACCAUGGCGGACACUCUUUGCACCCUCGAUGCCCCCAUCACUGAUGAGAGCCUCGUCCUCAACCUCCUACGCGGUUUGAGCCCUCGCUUCGAUCGCGUGACUCCCAUCCUCACCCGCAUGAAGCCGUUUCCCACUUUUGCAGAGGUCAAGAACGACCUGCUUCUCAAGGAGCUUCUCCUCUCUACCACUUCGACCUCCACUCCUGCCACAGCGCUCUACACCGCCUCACGACCUGCCCCCUCUGACUCCGGGGGGCUUCACCACACCUCGGCACCACCGCUCCCUGGAGCUCUUCGACAGCCUCCUGGCUCUAGGGGGGUCGCGGUUGCAAGGGUGGUCACAAUGGCACGUCGGGUGGCCGGGGCAGCUCUCUGGGUGGCUCUCAGUGGCCAUCCCUCUACAACCCGUGGACUGACACCAUCCACAUGUGGCCCGGGCCAUCCGCGGGUGCCUCGACUCCUCGCCCCACCCCCCACUGGUCUUCUUUGCCGCCCCACCGCCUGCUGCGCCUUCGGCUCCUCCCCACCUCAGCAGGGGCUCCUUCCCCUCUCGGGGCCUCCAGCCUAGCCCAUGUGGGGGCCCUGGACCAAUGGGUGGGACGCCCAGUCUCUCGCUAGCUCCUUCUCCAUGAUGACGUCGACCCCACCCACUGCGGUGUCUGACUAGGUGGCUGACUCUGGUGCCUCCUAUCACACCACCCCGGACGCAGGAUCUUGCCACCAGGACCCUUCUCGCUUGGUGUGACAGCCCCGAGCCCUCUACACACUCCGCCUGCCUGCUUCCCCUACAUUGACUUCUGCCCUGCCUGUCCUUGCAGCGGCCGCCUCCUCUAUGACUUGGCAUCGUCGUCUCAGUCACCCCGAGCAUGAUGUGAUGUCCAAGCUCUCCAAUAGUACCUCUGUUUCUGGUUGUAGGGGAUCUUUUGAGCACCUCUGUCAUGCUUAUCAGUUAGGUCGCCAUGUUCAGCUCCCGUUACCCACCUCCUCCUCUAGGGCUGCAGGCAUUUUUGAUCUGAUACACUGUGAUGUAUGGACAUCUCGUAUAAUCAGCAUUUCUGGCUAUAAGUACUAUUUACUCAUUCUCGAUGACUUCUCGCACUAUUUGUGGACUUUUCCCUUACGUCAAAAGGCAG